AUGUCCAAGGAUAAAUAUAAGGUAACUUUUUUGAAUAAGCUGCAGAAGUCAGUCUUUAUCUUCGAAAAUGUAAAAUUUUGAAGGUUAUACUAUAUAAAAGAUAAAUAGGAGUCAAAUUAUAGGAAGUGGUGUCAAAACUGAAUUCACUACAAAGUAAUGCUACUACAAUUCAUAUGAUGAGAUCCAAGCGAUUGGAAAUGGCCCGCCAGAACCUUGCUGAAACACAUUUCUACCUCGGUGCCUUGAAAAUUACAGUAAGAGCCUGCAUUUAGCUGAUCCAUUUCCAGACCAAUGAUAUCGAUAGCCUCAGGCCAAUCCAUGUAACGGGAACCAAAGGAAAGGGAUCGACUUGUGCCUUCUUGGAGUCGAUUCUUCGUUCAAAUAAUCUCAAAACUGGUUUCUACAGGUAUUAUAUUUUUGUGAUGACCCUAAAAAUCAGAAUGUAAUUCUAGUUCACCUCAUCUUGUCCAUGUCUGCGAACGAAUUCGAAUAAAUGGAAUUCCAUUAACGGAAACACAGUUUAUCCAUUACUUCAAUCUCGUUUAUGAUACCGUCAAGUCAGCUGUAAGUUUUUGUCAUCGUAUUUUUAACUUUUGUCAGUCUGAGUCACAGAAUGUUCCGAUGCCCGCGUAUUUCAAGUUCCUGACUCUGAUGUCAUUUUAUGUUUGCAUUAAAGAAAAAGUGGACGUGAUGGUGGUGGAGGUAGGAAUCGGAGGCGAACAUGACUGCACGAAUGUCAUCGAGUAAGUGUGAAAAUAUGAGAGUGAAGAGAUAAGUCCGCAUCGGUUGCUCAAAAGCAAACCGCUACAAAUUCCUCAACUGAAUUUUUAAGAAAUAGAAUGGAAAAAAUGAAGCUGACAUUAGGAAAAAAUCACGAAAAAUUGAGUUCAGCGGUUUGCUUGCGAAAGACAGAUCCGACUUAUUUGUUGACCUUAUUUAUAUCAUACCUACAAGCAUUAUUAUUUUUAACCUAUCUUAUCGAUUACAGAAAUCCCGUUGUAUGUGGGAUUACGGUGUUGGAUGUGGAUCACACGAAUCUCCUGGGAAACACCCUCGAAGAAAUCGCUUGGCAUAAAGCCGGGAUCAUCAAAAAACACCGGCCUGUGAUUACUGUAAUUCAAAACGAUUCUGCGUUAAAAGUCAUCAAGGAACGAGCUAACGAAAAAAAAGUAAGGAUACGAUAUUAACAGCCGUUGUAUAAGAAUGAUAUAUAUUUGCGGGUGGUAUGUAAAACAAAAAAUCGGCCUACUUGUACUUACAUGCAGGGUGGCCACAAAAAAAUUCAACUUUCUUCAUGGGUCCUGCCGCGAAAAUGUUUAGGUGCAGCCAAAAAAAUUGUUACUACAAAAAAUUUCAAAAUUCUGUUCAAACUCUCCAAAAAAUUCUUUUUCCCAAGUCCCGAAGCGAAAACAUUUCAAAAAAUUUUUUCAAAUUCACAAAAAAAUUCUUUUUUCCCAGUCCCGAAGCGAAAAUAUUAAACGGUAUCGUUGACCCGAAAUGUCGACCUGUCGCGACCCUAGCUGUCCCUGACCCGAAAUGUCGGGACGCGGGCAAAAACGACUUAAGACCAGGAAUUUUAGCUGCGAAUAAUAGCGAAAAGUCAUAAACCCAACUAUGUCAUAUCUUUGAUAAAAAGUAAGUAGACCAAUUUUUCGUUUGGCAUACCACCCGUCGGGCAAAUAUAAAUCAGUUUUACAUAGAAUUAAUUUCAGGGGACAUUGUUAGAAAUGACUCCCUUUUCUGAUCUGCAUUUGACAAAGGAAACUCUCGAAUUUGUGGAUUCAAUUGGUCUCCACCAACAAGAAAACAUAGCAUUGGCCAUUUCUUUGGCCAAAGUCUGGUUUACAGAAAAUGGAAUCCACAAUUUGGAGAAAGAGCGAUUGGAAAAGGCAAUUAGGGAAACCAGAUGGGCUGGAAGAAGUCAGGUCUUGGAGAAAGGAAACAUAACCUUCUACUUGGAUGGAGCGCAUACCACCAAAAGUAUUAAAGUAAGUCUCAAAAAAGAUUUGCGAAUGGUACAUGCUUAAAGUACAUCCAGAUUACUUUUAGUGUUGUUCUGAAUGGUUCAAUUACAAAUUGGAGCUGGAAAAAUUAUUGGAAAACGGACAUCCAUCUCUCCGAAUCCUCCUUUUCCAGUGCACAGGAGAUCGAGAACCCACUUCCUUGUUAUCAAUACUACUGAAAGAAAAUGAAUUCAACUAUGCCAUCUUCACUUCAACCAGAUUGUAUCAAGUUGUCGAUAACCUAAACGAUAAUACCAAUUUGAAUACAAGUGAUCAAGCCCAAAAACAAAAAUGUGAGCAGAGUAAAGAAGCUUGGAAGGAGAUCAUGGGAAACGUAAGCAAACACUGCGCCCUAAUUACUGUUCAGGACAAUGUGACAGUUGCUGAUUGCAUCGAAGAAUCCCUUCUUCUUAUCCAUCAACUGGCGGCGAACAACAAAACUGUGAAAGUUCUAGUAACCGGCAGUCUCCACCUUGUCGGAGGAGUCUUAUCUUUCGAAGGCGAAUAA